UGCCACAGGCUUACCACACGCUCCUUCGGGAUUUUAUUUUAUUUUUUAGCCUCUUCAGUCUUGCAGGUACAUGACAGCUGUAUGAAAAACCGCAAAGACGAAAGAAUAUUCAUCUGAAUGUCUCCAUCUCAACAUCCGCUGUGCUGAACGAUGUAACUCGUCGCGAGGGUUUGAUGACGGGCUGAAGCGGGGAUGAUGUGGAGCUGUCCGCGGUGCUGAACCGCCGCUGAGCGCGGUGCUGAAAUCGAGCUCAUCAGACCCACAGCGACAUUCAUCGACGUGAAUGCAAGACCAGCGGAGGACAUUCACAUCUAGCCAUCGUGGAAAGGAUGAGGAGGGAUUUCAUGCCCACUCUGCUGCUCAUAUUGAGCUGUUUUGGAGCGUCGUGGGUCUUGGCUGAAAGUUUGGCUGCUCCAGUAAACGUGUCCAUCAGAGAUCUAAAGGGAAGCUCUGCUGUGGUGACAUGGGACAUCCCAGAUGGGGAGCCAGUCAUCGGCUUCGCCAUCACACAACAGAAAAAAGAUGUUCGCAUGCUGCGCUUUAUCCAAGAAGUGAACACUACCACACAGAGUUGUGCAUUGUGGGAUCUGGAGGCAGAUACGGACUAUAUAAUACAUGUCCAGUCUAUCAGUACAAGCGGGACGAGUCCCCUCAGUGAACCGCUGCAUUUCAAAACCCCCAAAGAUGCUGAAACACAGGCCUCCAAGAGCAAAGACGAAGUGACCAUGGAAGAAGUGGGUCAGAACGCUCAGCUCCGGGCAGUAGAGCUCGUCAUCAUUGUUGUGGUUCUGAUCAUGUGGGCAGGUGUGAUCGCGCUCUUCUGCCGUCAGUACGACAUCAUCAAAGACAACGAGCCCAACAAUAACAAGGAUAAAGCCAAGAACUCGUCUGAAUGCAGCACCCCUGAGCAUUCAUCAGGUGGCCUGCUGCGCAGUAAGGUAUAACCGCUGCCCUGUGACAGUUCAGACCACGCAGGCAGUUCUCCAAGAACAACAACAAUAACCGAACGCAACCUGUGAACAAGAUCAAAGGGUGACAGGAAUGGUUUCUGCUUCAAUGGAUUCUGCUAUUACCACAUGGCUACAGAGGCCAUAUGUGCGCAUCCUCAAAACAGGAAGUAGGAAUAUUGGAAGUUUCCUGAAAUUGGCUGGAAUAAUACGGCCAGCACAGCGAGCAUCUGAAAGAGAGGCCAGAAAAGUGUACUUUCACACAGGCCCGCUAUUUCCGCAGCAGUUUGGAGAUAAGACCAAAUCUGUGGCUUUUCGAGACAAGAGAAAACCCUCUGAAAGAAACUUUUAAACUGCUGAGCUUUGCUCCUUUAUCUGGUUUUCUCUUUUGCCCAGUUCAAAUGGCUUGAUCCAUAUUCAUCUCAAUUGUUAAGAAGGCUUUUAUAACAAGGUAACUAGUAAGCCUCUAAAUACAGAAAAUAUAUUUC